AUGGAAAAUUCUGCCAACAAGCAUUUAACUACUGCAGUUAUUGACAAGCUGGAACUCUUAAACAGUCAAAAUCUUGAUUUUAGCUCAGAAUUAAGCGACUUAAUCAGCGAACUUAGCCAGUCUCCAGCUUCAGUGAUCCUGAAAGAAAUUUAUGAAAAAUUCGAUAUUUUGCAAGAAAAUUGGGAAGGAUUUUGUAGAGAAAUGAAUAAAACAAUUGUUCACCACCAUUAUAAUUACAGCUUUGCAUCUAAGCGGCAAAAAAUAUUGAAAAGUCAGUUUAGACGAGUCCGUACUCUAAAUGAGCAGGUGAGAACGAAAGAAAUCAGCCUUUUGAAUUCAGAAAAUGAAUUAAGCAGCACGCUACAAAAGGUUCACAAAAUGUGAAUGAAAAAUAUUGACGAUUUGGAAAGGUGGACUGAAUUUGAUAACAAUAGAAAGGGUUUGAAAUAAUUUUUUAAAAAAAAGUAAAGAAAUUUAUUGUAAAAUAAUAAUUUAUUUUAAUAUUAAUAGAAAAAAAGAGCUUCGAAAGAAAAUCAAACAAAAAAUCCAGAAAUUAGAAAAAGAGCUUGAUUUUACGAUAAAUCAAGAAAAUCAUCCAGUCCCGAACCUAAACUUAAAAAUAGUUUCCAAGCGGUCGCCUACAAAGAGCUCAGCUAGGUCAAUAUCUUCUAACCGAGGCGACGAAGACAUUAUUUCUAAUAGGAGUGCUUUUUCAAUUGGAGAAAAUAAAGGCGAUUUUUCACAUCGAUCCAGCUCAUCAAGACCAAAAUUUCAAAAAAAAAAGAUCCUUCCUCCGCUGCAUUCUCAAAACGCAUCUGAAGAAAGCAUUUUCGAUCAAAUUAUUGAAGAAAUUGCAAAAAAGCAAGAAAAUGCUGAAAAUUCAGUAGAAGUUUCAAUGAGAAAUUCUAGCAAUUGGAAUGGAAGUGAAGACAGUAGAUAUGAAGUCAGCCCAGAAGAUAUUAAAUACGCGAUUGAUGUAUUAAAAAAGGCGAAUUUAUUUAAUCAAAAAUCCCAAAGUAUAUUAACCAAAAUUUCAGAUUUAUUAAAGGAUACCCAGCACCCUGAAAAGCUUGAGCUACUUUACCAAAUUAUUGAGCUUGAAAGUAAAAAAAAGCUGCUGAGUUCUAGAUCAAAAAAUAAUAAAAAUCCAAGCGGAAAACCUCCAACCCCAAAGCAUGUAUCAAGUUCAAAUAGAAGAGUAAUGAUUUUUCAUACAGCUGGGGAGGCAAGCAAUGAAUUUUCAUGUACAACCCCUAAAAGGUAAUUAUAUUUUUUUUUUAAAAAAAUUUUAUAGUAAAUUUACAUUUAAUAAAUAAAUUCAUAAAAAUGUAUAAUUCUCUCUAAUAAAAACCAAAAAAAAUUUCCCCUAAAAGUGGCUUAAUUUUUAACAUCGAUCAAGACUUAGCCCACACCAUGCUAUCCCCAGAAAACCAAAGCAGCUCUCGUGCCCAAAGUAAAGGACUAAACGAUAAUAGCUUACAACGAAUUUUAAAUGAAUCCUGAAAAAACACUCGCCAUGUGCAGCUAGAAGACCUUAUCAAUGCUGAAAACUGCAGUCAAGGCGGCGCUUUUCUAUUUAACGAAAACGAGAUGAUUGAAGGCUGCUCGCCUGGCUACAAGCCUGACUCCGUAAAAAAAAUCCCAUCAAAUAAAAAUUUACAAAUAAACACCAACGAAAAAGAGUUCACAGGUAGUUUUUCACCAAGCGACAUGACAUCCCCAGCCUCUGGCAUGAAAAUUCCUACUCCUAUCAGAAAACAAAUAAGUGCUGAGUACCAUUCCACUGGGAUUGGCAGCACAAAAGAUACAAGUGGCUUGAAAUUUAAAAUGGCUUUAAAAACUGGCGAAAACUCUCAGCACUUGUUAGCGUCUGAUUCCAACAAUUUGACUAAGCCAUAA